CAGCUCCCAUCCAAAAUCUUGCUUAAUUCACCGCCGGAGAUGGCCUGCACUGCACAUUAGGACACUGGCGUGGUGAGAGUUCCGUACACACCACGGACCAGUGCCCCCGCUCGUUACACUGAGAGCAGAGUCUCCCUCAGUCUGCGAACGCACAGCCUGGAAGAAAUGGAAAAAUUCCGGCAGUUUGUGGCGUUGCUCUUGGCCGCCCUUUUGCUGGGAAUUCUCUCGAUUGCCACUGUUUUGACCUGGGUGCUUUUUUGGAGAGGGGGUCUGGCGUGGGAUUCGGGACUGCUUGAAUUUAACUGGCACCCGGUGCUCAGCACUGUAGGAUUCAUCUUCAACAACGGAUUCGCACUGAUCAUUUACAGACUGCCCUGGACAUGGAACUUUAGUAAACCCCGAAUGAAGAUCAUUCAUGCCAGCCUCAGUAUUGCAACCUUUAUACUUAUGAUCAUUUCACUUGUGGCGGUUUUUGACUUUCACAACUCCAAGAAGAUUCCUAACAUGUACAGCUUACACAGCUGGAUUGGACUGGCUGCAGUUAUCAUGUAUGCUUUGCAAAUGGUAUUAGGGUUGUGCAUUUUUUUGCUGCCAUUCACUCCCAUGUAUAUCAAGGCAUUUUACAUGUCAAUCCAUGUGUUUGCUGGUCUCUUCAUCUUUGGAAUGGCAAUUAUUGCAGCUGAAACAGGAAUAACUGAAAAACUUAUUUUCUCUCUGCGCCCAGGAAGUAAUGUCACACUCUCAUAUGCUCAGUCACCUCCUGAGGCUAUAUUUGUCAAUGCUCUUGGAAUUCUGAUUUUAGUCUUUGGAGGGUACAUCUUCUGGAUUGCCACACGACCUGAAUGGAAACGCCCUCCGGAACAGGUAAAAGGCAGCAUGAGUAUUGAUGAAGCAUCUACCUUAAACAAAACAAAUAUUUCAGCUGAAAUCGGUAUGGACAAUGUUGGAGAGAACACACCAAGACUGAGACAAGUCAAUCUUGAAGAUGUGGGCCAAAGAGCAACAUUCUAAGAAAUGAAAUGAAUUGUAAUUUGCUCGAUUGCUGUUUUAAGUUUUUAACCAUUUUUGUUUUUAAGUGUUAUGCAUUCAAUAGUGCCUAAGUGAGCAAAAAUAACUAAAAUGGUUUACAGUUGGCUUAGGAUUAUUUUCCUGGAACCCGAGGCAAAAUACUGACUUCAAAGCAUUUCUUUUUUGUUAAGCAACAACUCAGUAUAAUCAGUAUUAAAAAUCUUCAUAUUUACAUUUAUGCUUUACAUUUCCUUCAUUGAUAAUAUUGACAUUUUCCCUUGUGUAUGUAUUUGUGGUUUUAACAGACCAACUUGCUGCAAAACCAAACCUUGCUCUAAUUUUUCACUUGUCUAUGAAUGUUAAAUGUGUUGUGAAACAGAUACCUUGCAUACUUUAUAUAAUGGUAAUCAAAUUUGUUUAGACAUCUCUUUAGAGAAUAUACCAUUUAACUGUUGGUUUCAGUAUUAUAUGCUCUGUAUAUUUACUAUUUAUAAAUAAAAUUACUACAAGU